GUCAUAGAGGAUUUUCAUCCCCACCCCCAGGGAUUGAUGGAGAAGUUAGGAGAAUCAUUGAUGCAGCAAGAUGGCUUGAUGGAGAAAGAUUUUCUGACAUGCUGAAGGAGGAAGUGGAGGAACACACUGAUAUUGUCUGCUCCUGACAUAGAUAUCCAACCAUCAACAACGUCUGCUCCUGACAUCAACAUCCUACUAUCAGCAACAUCUGCUUCUGACAUUGAAACAUCAACAUCUUCCUGGCACUACAAACUAGGAUCACCUUCUGACAACCCUCCUCCUGAUGAAGUUUCAUCUUCUUCUUUUUUUUAAUUAAUCUUUAUUCAGAAACUGCAUAUUAUAAUUUUGCACAUGGGUGUAUGAAAGAUACUGAAGGACAAAACAGAUAGAGAUGGAGAGAGGCUGAGAAAUGAAGACUCUUGGUGCUUCCUUCCUCAACUAAACAAUCAAAGUGAUGUGAUAAUAAAAAAGGAGUUCUAGAAACUUAGUAAAAAAAAGAAUAAAAACAGUCUGAGGCUGAUAUCGCCACAAGCACAUUAAAAAGAAAUGACCAGUCUAUUACCAGAAGAUGUUGUGGAGUCCCAGGGCUCAGAGGAGCUUGAAUGCAAGAUCUGUUACAACCGCUAUAACCUGAGGCAAAGAAAGCCUAAAGUUUUGGGGUGUUGCCACAGAGUAUGCGCCAAAUGCCUUUGCAAGAUUAUAGAUUUUGGGGACUCUCCUCAAGGAGUCAUUGUUUGCCCAUUCUGCAGGUUUGAGACUUGCCUGCCUGAUGAUGAGGUCAGUAGUCUUCCUGAUGACAACAAUAUUCUUGUAAAUUUGGCUUAUGGAGGAAAAGUGAAGAAGUGCCUACCAGACAAUCCAACAGAACUCUUACUGACUCCCAAAAGGCUGGCCUCUCUUGUUAGCCCUUCUCAUACUUCCUCCAACUGUCUAGUUAUAACCAUUAUGGAAGUACAGAGGGAGAGCCCUCCAACCCUGAACUCAACCCCAGUUGUGGAAUUCUACAGGCCCACAAGCUUUGACUCUGUUGCAUCUGUGCCCCACAACUGGACAGUAUGGAACUGUACAUCCUUGAUCUUCCAGACUUCAAUUCGAGUUCUUGUUUGGUUGCUAGGUUUGCUGUAUUUUAGUUCCUUGCCUUUAGGGAUCUACUUACUGGUAUCAAAGAAAGUCACCCUUGGGGUAGUCUUUGUCAGCCUUGUUCCCUCGAGUCUUGUUAUUCUUAUGGUUUAUGGUUUCUGCCAGUGUAUAUGCCAUGAGUUUCUGGAUUGUAUGUCUUCUUCAUAACAGUAAUUUCAAUGAAAUAAGCAAUGAAGCAUAUGAAAUUGCCAUAGACACAGCAUAGUUAACUUAUACUUCUUUUUCAUAUUCUUAUUCUAUUUUUUUUUCCAUCAAAACAGGAAUGCUGACCAGUUUUGUGGUCCUUUUAUUAUACUAAAAGUAAUUGGAAAGCUGGUUUCUGCUGCUCUAUCCUGUUUUACUAAUGGGGAAAAACAAUUAAGAAGAAUUAGCAAUAGAAAAAGGAUGCAGCAAAACAGUUUCCUUUCUAUGUGCCUAAUGCUACAUUGCAGUAAUACUGUAAUUACCAUGAGAUUGUUCAUAUAGCAUUAUAGUGGGAUUUACUGGAAUCAUUUCAGAAAUGAAUGUUAAACUGUCUAUUAUUCCCAUUGUUCACUGAGUAGCAUUGUUUUGGAGGAUCUGAACUCUUGGUUUCCAGGUUUCCUACUGGACAGUGCCUCUGGUCUUUAAAAUGCACAAAGAAAAUAGGUGCUAUCACUGUACCAGAAUGAGAGGAAAGAUAGCUCUCGUUACUAUGAGGUAAGAGUCAUGUUUUGUUUUGUUUUUAUAUUCACAACAAUUAAAUAGGUAGAAAAUUUUAAAAGAUAGCAUCUGCUGUCCAAAGGCAUGUGCCACAAAAAUACAAUAAUUAUUUUUGUCCACUGCUAACAUAUCUUCUAAAAGCAUCACAGAGUUUUACCCAUGACAGAUAAAUAUUGCUCUGCAUUCACAAGCAAUUUUCUACCUAAGGACCAGCUAUUUCAAAAGAAAAAUCCAGUAUACGACAAAUUCUGUUUCACAUGUAACAGCCUGUUCACACAGUUUGUAUUGUGGCGUAUCACUUGUGAAAGGGCUUAUGCAUCAUGUUUUCUCCACACAUACUUGUGGCUGGAUUGCAGCCUUUGUGUUGUAAUAUGCACACAUAUGAGCUUAAAACAGAGUGGAAGGGAAGAGACAUUAGUAAUUAAGGAGUUUUAAACAAAGUUUUGAGAAGGGGUCACCUCCUUACCCACCUGAACUAAUACUUUUGGCCUUCUUAUGAAACCAUAAAACAUGAUGUAUCAUCCAAAGCUAACAUCUAGCACCAAAUCAAAACAGUGGCAAAUCAGCAACAGUUCAAAACUGUACUUUCAGUCUUGCAAAAUGGGUUCAGUUUCUUCACAUUUAAGAUGAAGGCUAUACUGAGGUUUGAAAGUUAGGCUGCAUAGGGAUAUUUGUUCUUCCUUUUUAGAUAAACUAAAUGUUACUAAUAUUUAAAAUUCUGUAAUAUUUUAUAGCAAGCAUAGAGUGCUAAGGGUCACAUGCAAUAUGCAGUAAAAAAAGGAAAAGGAAGUAGUUUUUAAAAAGAUGAAAGACCAUGUGACAUAUGUCAGUUUUUUCUUAUAGUAGGGAAUAGUGACUGUUGGUAUGGUACAAAAUUAGCUGCAUUUGGGUUCUGCUGAUUUUAGUGGGUGGUGUGGGAGAUAGUCUAGUCCACUCCUCAGUUUAUAAUAUUUUAUGAAGAAAAGCAUUCAGAAAUCCAAACAAAUUUAGUUUUAACUUUUAAUAAUGAAUAGCAUUGCAAAUUAGUAUUUGCAAGAAUAAUAUAUUACUACCACUUUAAAAUGCUUGUGGCCAAAAUUAUGUGUAGUCAGAUGGAGUGGCAAGUAGCAUGACUAGCAUCAAUAAAGUGUAACUAAUUCAUCACUGAAAAAUGGCCAGGGGGGGGGGGGAGGGGGAGUCCAUCUAAAAAAAAAAUUUAUAACGUAUGUAAUGUUUGUAUAAUUUGUUUGUGUGCAUAUGUACUACAAAAAUUUAUAUAUUUGUAGGGAAUUCCAUUAAAGUUGUCCCAGCUGUUCUAAUAAAUGGGUUUUUUGUGCAGAAUGAAAUGAAUGUUAGUACCUACCACUUCUGUAAAACGUCUGUGCAUUGUCUUUGAAGUCAUAUCAAGUGUUUCUGUUCUGAGUUUUCAUUCAAGCUGUACUUAAAAACAAAACAAAAGAAUCGCUAUUAAUAUGCUUGCAUAUUUUACAUAUUUUGUGAUGUGUCUUUAAGCCAAUUCGCAUGUUUAGAAAUUCCACUCAAAAGGUAGUAGUACUUGAAUUAUAGAAUUUAUUUUAAGUGUUCAAAAUAUAUAGUCUUACACAAUCAGUAUAUCAGUUCUUGGCAAGAAUUUCUUGCCAUAUCAGUUUUUCUUCCAUUCUUGCCAAAUAAUUCCUGAAACAGUAUCUGAAUAUGCAAUACUAUUGGCAUUGCUUCCUAAACAUUGCAAAAUUCAGCUUGAAUGGUGGGAUAAAUCAAGUCACUUUCAUUAUUGGUAAGCUGAUUCUUACCUCUUUGGACUCUUCUGCAUUCCAUGGUGUCAUAGAAUCGUAGAGUUGGAAGAGAC